CUACCUGGGAAGACCGUAAACUUGAGCGCAAAAGUGAGACACCUGCGCGACUGUCCCCUCACCUCCCCACCAGCUCGGGGUAAUCGAAAUGCCUUUUACCCCGAGGACUCCCCUGAGCGACUUCGUCACAUCUGCGUGAGGUCACAAGCAGUCACGAGCGCAGAAGGAUGAGAUGCGCUAAGACCACUGAAAGGUUGGGCCGUGUCCUGCAUGUCCCCGACACGGAGGCUAUUGUAACUGCCUUCAUCUCGUCGGAGAUGGCCGCCUCCCAUCGGCUCAGCUGCUCGGAACUUCUCCAGGAGCUUCCAUCUCCUAUCUUUUAUUCAGGAAGUAUUAUGGAAUGCCAAAGAUGUAACAGGCGACCGUGAGGAUGGCUAGAUAUAGGGAUGACCAAGAUGUGACCUGUGAUUGCACUGAGCUUGCUGUCUGACAAGAGAAUGCGCAGCAAAAAUGGCAGUUCUGGUACACUAGGGCACAGGCUGGGAGGAUUCUGUGGGAGCACCGAGAAAUGAAACCUUACCAGUUCCAGGGGUAAAGUGGAAAUGAACCUGAGCCGAAAGCUCUGAGAGAAAGGAUUGGAGAGGAACCAGACUGAUGCCAAGGAGAUCAAAAAGAAGGCUAUUGCAGUAAUGGAGACUAAGACUGAUAAUUAUCUGAACUGGAAUUGGCUGUGGGGAAAGAAGAUAGACGCAUUAAAAAAUGAACAAGAGUAGAUGAAUGUUGAGAGGGAUGUCAAAUAUAAAUCCCAGAAGCUUGGACAACUGAUUCAAUGCUGAUACCUGUCUUUCCAACCCUAGACACAGUGUUGGCUAAGUCUCUAGUCAGAGUCCUAGGUCCACUGGACUGUGUGGGACCAGCUACUUUAGUUGUCAUGCUGUUUGGUGACAUCAGUGUAGGCACUAUCUUAACAAAGGCAGUUGAUAUGAGGGCAUUUUGCUGAGAUGCUAUCCUUUGAUGCUGUAUUAAUAGCUGUGCAAAGACAAGUAGGCAGUGGCUCCCAAGUCAUGGCCACCUGGCUACAGUGAUCUGGGUGUUCGACACUUUGUCCUUGCUUGGAGAACUGGGAAGGCCAAGUUUGAUGAUCUCUCUUCAUAAACAUGGGACAACCAAAUAAAGAUUUGUGUCACUCUGCUCUGAAAUCUUCAAGCAACUCAUCCUGCACCGUAUCAAUUUACUGUUCUUCGGAGAAGAGACAGAACCUCGCCUGUUUUCUCACAAACCCACACUGUGGCAGCCUCAUUAAUGCAGAUGGCCAUGGUGAAGUGUGGACAGAUUGGAAUGAUAUGUCCAAGUUUUUCCAGUAUGGAUGGAGAUGUACCACUAAUGAGGAUUCCUAUUCAAACCGUACCCUGAUGGGCAACUGGAACCAGGAAAGAUAUGACCUAAGGAAUAUCGUACAGCCUAAGCCCUUACCUUCCCAGUUUGGACACUACUUUGAAACUACGUAUGAUACAAGCUAUAAUGACAAAAUGCCACUUUCAACCCAUAGAUUUAAAAGGGAGCCUCACUGGUUCCCAGGACAUCAACCUGAACUGGAUCCUCCUCCAUACAAAUGCACAGAGAAGUCAACAUAUAUGAAUAGCUAUUCAAAGCCUCAAAUUGCGCAUCACUCUGAGUGUUUGUGGGAUCCUAAUUUUGAUCAAUUUCAGCAUCCAGGAUUCUAAGAAAGAAAAAGAAGUUUCUUUCUUCUUCAAGGUAGAAUGAAGGAGGUAGCGCAUUCUAAGCACAACUAAAAGUUUGCUCACUCUACCAGUUUUACUCUCCGAAUAAAUAAAACACAAAACACAGAAAAUAUCCUCUAUUCUUUUU